AUGUAUUUGGAAACCAGAAGGGCUAUUUUUGUUAUUUGGAUUUUUCUCCAAGUUCAAGGAAACAAAGAUCUCUCCAUUAAAAUGUACCACUCUGAAACUAAAGACAUAGACAGUGCCCCAAGAAUCGAAACAGCUGAAAGUCCUGCAAAAAUGUAUAAAGUGUCUACCAUGAGACAAGUAUUCGAUUUGGCAAAGCAUCGAACAAAAAGAUCGGCAUUUUUUCCAACUGGGGUUAAAGUCUGUCCACAGGAAUCCAUGAAACAGAUUCUAGCCAGCCUUCAAGCUUAUUACAGAUUGAGAGUGUGCCAGGAAGCAGUGUGGGAAGCCUAUCGGAUCUUUCUGGAUCGCAUCCCCGGCACAGGGGAACACCAGGACUGGGUCAGCACCUGCCAACAGGAGAUUUUCUGCCUCUUUGACAUUGGGAAAAAUUUCAGCAACUCCCAGGAGCACCUGGAUCUUCUUCAGCAGAGAAUAAAACAGAGUAACUUCCCUGAGAGAAAAGAUGAAAUAUCCACAGAAGAGAUAUUAGGAGAGCCUGGUAAAACUCCCAUGUUUUCAACAGAUGUUGCCGAUGUCUCACUCAGGCCCUUCCCUCUCACUCCUGAGGACACACUCCUCAAUGACACCAAGAUGCCUACAACAAAAAGAGAAAUGGAACCCUCUGCGGUAUCCGAGGGCCCGCCGGAGCAGAAGGUGGGGCUGAGCAUCUCCCUGGCAAACCAGAAGUUCAAGGCAGAGCUCGCUGAUGCCCACUCGCCAUAUUACCAGGAGCUGGCAGCAAAGUCUCAACUCCAGAUGCAAAAGGUAUUUAAGAAACUUCCAGGAUUCAAAGGAAUUCAUGUGUUAGGAUUUAGACCAAAGAAAGAAAGAGAUGGUUCAAGCUCCAUAGAGGUGCGACUUAUGGCCAUCUUUAAGAGAGACAGUGCAGAAGCAAAAAGUCCUGCAAGUGACCUGCUGUCUUUUGAUUCCAACAAAACUGAAAGUGAAGGAAUCCUUUAUGGGAUGACAGAGGAGGACAAGCAACAAGAAACCUAUCUCACAGCUUUAGACCUCAAAAAGCUGAUCAGCAGAGUGCUACAGGAAGAAAAAUCCUUGCACGUGGGGACAAUUCAGUUCACUGACGAAAUUGUUGGGUCAUUGCCUGGCUCUGCUCCCAAUACCCAGUCAGUGCUGCCUACACUCCUUGCUGGUUUCACAAAGGAUGCUACUUUGAGUCCAGAACUUCCUCUUGGUCAGCCCAGGCUCGAGACAGUGGACAGAGAAGGACAUAGUCUACCUGGUGAUUCUUUGUCCUCACCUGCUACGGCCUCUACCUCCCUAUCAGAAACUCGACCUUUCUUGGCUGCAUCAAGCAUCUUCUCUCUGACUGAUCAAAGUGCCACAGACAUAAUGUCCAUUGACCAGACACUAACCAUCCCCACUGAUGAUUACUCUGCCAUCAGCCAAUCAGCUCUGGAGAUUUCACAUUUGCCUGCAUCUUCAGAAGAUAGCACGUUGAGCACAGGCAGCCAAGAUAUAGCCCAAGGCUUAGAAGAAAUGGAUCUAUCCAAUUCUUCCACCUCCUCUGAGGUACCAGGAUUCAGUGGAUAUGUUUCCACCCCAGACAAUUUCUUGGAGAAUACCACUCCCGGCCCAGCUUUACAGAUUAUCACCGCCAGCUCUGUGACCAUCGCCGCCGAAGGCCAGGAGCUGGUGGUGUUCUUCAGUCUGCAUGUGGCUAACAUGGCCUUCUCUGACGCCCUGUUCAACAAGAGCUCUCUGGAGUACCAAGCUCUGGAGCAACGAUUCACACAGCUGCUGGUUCCGUAUCUACGAUCCAAUCUUACAGGAUUUAAGCAACUUGAAAUACUUAACUUCAGAAAUGGGAGUGUGAUUGUGAAUAGCAAAAUGAGGUUUGCUAAGCCGGUGCCCUACAACCUCACCAAGGCCGUGCAGCGGGUCUUGGAGGAUUUCCGUUCUGCUGCAGCCCAACUACUUGAUCUGGAAAUAGACAGCUACUCUCUCAACAUUGAACCAGCUGCCCAAGCAGAUCCCUGCAAACCCCUGGCCUGUGGCGAAUUGGCCCAGUGUGUAGAGAACGAGUGGACCGAGGAAGAAGAGUGUCGCUGCCGACCUGGGUACGAGAGCCAGGGGGCCCCAGACCACCAGGGGGGCCUGGGCCGCUGUGCCCCGCAAGAGGAAUGUGAGGUCAUCCAGGGAAAGGGCGCUCCGUGCAGGUCACCAGGUCACUCUAAAAGUCAAGCACACGGAGCUACUGUAACCAGGAAAAGAAAUCCUGAAUCACUGACGGUAGGAUAUGAAGAAUUUAAGCAUCAAGAUUGGGAAGGAAAUUAA